ACCCGCGACGCUGAUCGUGGCGCGCUGCUGCCGCCUGUCGCGCUCCGUGUGCUCUGUGGCCCCUUUCGGCGGUGCGCGCCUCCCUCCCCCAGGGGCUGUUUCGAAAGCUGACGGGGUUUUUUUUGCAAGCUGUGCCAUGGCGGAGGGGGCGGCAGGUACCGGUCUGCACGCGGAACGUUCUGGCUUCCGAGGCCACUCGCUGGCAGUUGGCACUACUCAACCGGCAGCCGCCGGCAGGGCACGCUGCAGGACGGGCGCUUUCCCUCGUCCUACUGUCCUGCCAUGGCCACGCUCCUUUUUCUCCUCCAGCUGCUCACGUUUUCCCAGCAAGCCCUGCGAGCCUCCUCUCCGCGUAUGCAGCCGCCCCCCCUGGUGGUCACCUGCCUCGGGGCUCACGGGCGCGGCUCCCAAGGGCGCAGCAGCGAGGGGUGGCUCUCCUGCCCGGCGAAUGGCACCUUGAAACUGCGUUACCAGCCAGCCCCGGGAGCAAGAGUGGCGGCGGAGAGCAGCGGGAGGCAGCCUCCCUCCCCGCCGCACUGCCUCUGGUACCUGAAUUCGGUUUGGGUGAAGAACAGCUCGCUCUGGUCAGGCCAAGUCACGCUCCAGACAGGCCUCUCCCCGGGAAGCGCUCUUUGGCCCGUGGCCUCCCAUCUCGUUACAGUGCAGUGCUCAUCUGCCUCGUGCGCUGCACCCGAGUGCCUGUACCGCAACUUGAGCCUCGAGAUGUCAGCAGCAAAAUGGGCCACCCAGAAGAGCGCACAUGCGUACCGUGAUCGCACGAGAAGCACGGCCUGUUUGUUCCAUUGCUCUGCUUUCCCCUUGGAUCCAGGGAAACACCGAGGAUUCGUGGCAAAAGUGAACAGUGCCCUAAGUGGACUGACGCCGGCUCUCCCACGAGUCAGUGCUUCAACAGAACCAGCACUGCUUCACCAGGAAGCUGCCUGCAAAUUAAACUCGGUUACAAUUCAAAAGCCUCCUCUUCACACCUCUGUCAUACAUCAGAAAAAGGGUACAACGUUCUACCUGCGUGCCAGAGUGCUGGUGGACUGCAGCCUCCGCGUGUCCAUAAAGCCUAAGUGGAUAUUCUAUGCUGUUAAGGACAUGAAAACUAAUCCAGACUGGGAUAGACCUUUAGAUAUAUCAUCACUGCACGGCGUACACACAGUACAGUUAACGGUUCCCAGCUGGACUCUGGAUUAUGGAAUGUAUCAGGUCUAUUUCACUGCUUCAGUAUAUGUGCUCGGGACCAAAAGAUCCUUCAGCAAGACAGACAGAAUUUUUCUCGAGAUAGAGAGAACUAAUCUCGUGGCAAGUAUUGCAGGAGGCGUCUUCCGCACAGUGAGCUUUUUUGAUAAUUGGACUCUUGAUGGCUCUGUGUCCUAUGACCCCGAUUCAGCGGAACGACUAAAGGGAAUCACGUUUACUUGGUACUGCACUAAAAAGCUGUCGGACUAUGAAAGCAUGAGGAUCGGUGCGGGAAAUAAAUGUCAUCCAGCCCAGAGGGAUUUGAGGUGGCUGACGCCUUCAGGAGCUGUUCAAGUGGUAGCACCGGAAUCCCUCCCAGGAAACGCUGUCUACCACUUUCGUUUAGUCAUUCAGAAGGACCGAAGAAAGAGCUAUGCCGACCAAAGCGUAAGCGUGCAGUCUGGCUUCUCGCCUCUUCUGGAUGUGGCGUGCCUUGAGAACUGUGGCAGCACUGUAAUUCCGACGGAGAGGUUUACGUUGUCAGGCAAAUGCCUCAACUGUCGAACAAGCAGCCAGCCAGUGUACCACUGGUCGCUGUGGCUGGAAAAUUCUACAGAAAUUAGCUUUGACUGGUCUUCCAGAACCUCAACGGGCAGGUCCGGUGCUUACCUUUCUAUACAUGCUCUGACUUUUACCAGUACUGCAGAUCAAUCGUACAUACUGCUACUAAAAGUGACUACCUGGGGCGGUAGGUCAUCGCUCUACAGAUAUGCAUUUAAAGUAAAUUCUCCACCCAGGGCUGGCAAGUGUAGCAUCAGCCCCCACCGGGGUACGGCUUUCCUGACCAAAUUUGUUGUCCAGUGCAGUGGGUUUUCUGACAGCAACUUACCUCUGACAUACAAAGUCAUAGUGGCUUCCGACGUAUCCAAAACUGCCAAAAUUAACUCGGUGGAGGACAACACGUUUGGCACAAUUCUGUACUUUGGCUAUCAGCCUAGAAUGCCUCCAUCCCUCCUCCCAGUCGGUGUACCCUCUUGGAGGUAUACGCUGACACUGUACGUUCAAGUGUGUGAUUCUCUGGGGGCAUUUACCCAACUGAGUCUGCAUGUCAGAGCACAGAACCCAGUGAAAAGUCGACCACUGGCUGCUGUGUUCCAUGAUCUGCUUGCCUCCGUGAGUGGUUCAAGUGCGCCCAUGACAGCUUAUCUCCAGACCGGAGACUAUUUUAAUGCGGGUUAUUUGGCUUACCUUGCAGCCUCUGUCCUAAACUACAUUGAAGCUGCACCGACUCUCCAGAUAUCCAAGGCUCAGUUGAGGGAAAGCCUGGCUAAGACAGCCCUGAAUAUUUCGGUUGAGAGCACGAUGGAAAUUAACCAAGUAGUAGCCUCUCUUUUUCAAGUCACAGAGCAACCUGAGGAAGUGAACGUUCGAUCGCAAGAGAUUGCCAUUACAAAACUGACGGAAGUAACUGGAGUGUUGAAAACACAGAGGAAUGAGAGCCACUGGUCUGAACAGACAGAAAUUCAGACGAGUGGAAUACUAAGGUGCUUGUCCAACAUCCUGAGAGCUGCUCUUCUGCGUCGCAGGAAUGUCAAUGUUGGUGCAGUCACCCAAGUCUUCUCCAUCAUGGAAAACUUCAGAAAUUGCAACAGCCAUCUUGGGCUUCAAAAUGGCAGAGACCAAGGCUAAUGGGGAUCUGCUAGGGAUCCUGCCUGAUGAAGCAAACAUUCUUAUCGCUAGGAAAGAUACCGAAUCAUCGACAUUUCAAUUAGCAAUGGGACCUGAUAAAACACAGACCUACACAACUGGAGGAUUUAGUCUUGAAGUGAACAGAGAUACCA